AUGAUGCGGCGCGCUGGUGUUGCAGCGGUUCUGUGUGGGGAGCUGUCCGCGUGUUCGCACGCUUUCGUCGUGAAGCACGAUCGCCACAUCACCGCAGGCACGGGCAGCGACGAAUCGGUGCUCGACCAGGGAGCAGCAGACGAAGACACAGCGGGGAAGUUUCUGUCGAGUCACCACAGCAGCCAGUACUUCAUCGCCGACCUCGAUGAUGACCGCAUGAUGCUUGUGACCGACCUUGGGGAGGGCUCUGCGCUGGACAGUCACGAGGGGAUAAUCGCAGACGAGGUGAGCUUAACGUUGUCACCCAGAGCUCGCCAGAAUGCCCAUGCUGCACAAUUCGAGGCAGAGUUCAAGAUUCAUUUGAACAUGACCCAGGCCCACGCCACAGGCAUGCCCAUGGGGCUAGAGCUCUCAUUCGAUACCGACUAUCAGCCCGUGUCGGUCAGCAAGGUCAAGAAAAACGGCCUUGUGGAGGAGUGGAACACGGCGAACCCUGGCAACGAUGUACACGUGGGCGACGAGAUCGUUCAGGUCAACAGCAUCCAGUGGCACCACAACACCCCUGAUUUCGUCAAGCGCAUCAGCGGCCAGUUCAAGGCCGGACGCAAGCUGACGGCUGGGGCGAAUGAGUUGUUGACUCUCUACAUCCAGAGGCCGAAGCAACAGAGUCACAAGCGCUUCCCGGCGCAGCGGGAGGACGCCCAUCACAAAGCUUACCCCGUUGAGUUCGAUGCCAAGCUUACCGUUCUCCCGUUGGGGCUGCCCACGAGCGCCUCGGAGAACGAGGUCAUGGGCUGGGAGUUGUACGCCAAGAACGACUGGGACCCGGUGUCGAUCGGCAACGUCACGAGCAGCGGCGCCAUCGCCGCCUACAACAGGGCCAACCCAGACCGCGCCAUCAUGGCCGGGGACGAGAUCGUCAAGGUCAAUGAGGUCGCUUGGCACCACAGCGCCAAGAUCUUCCGGCAGCGCAUCGCGCAGAAGUGCACGAUCUUCCGCAGGCAGGCGUCGGGGUCCGAGCCGCUGGUCCUCUCCAUCCGCCGGCCAGCUGCGGUCCACCAGGCUGCGGAGGCGGCGAAGGAUGCCUCACUGGCUGCGGCCCAGGGCCGCGUCGACCCAGCCCAAAGUUCUGCUGCGCCCGAGCCGACGCUGAAGAGCAGCGGGCCGUCGGAAGAGCGAGUCCGAACUCUCGCCGAGUCCCUCCAGGCGGCAACCGACAGGGUCGGGGCCCUGAGUGCAGAGCGCAGCGAGGUCGUCCAGCAGCUCUCCCAGCUCGUGCGCAGGAAGGCGAACAUCUCGGCCGAGCUGGCCGCCGCGGAGGAGGCCCAGGAGGAGCUGGAGGCCGAGCGCGACGAGGCCCUGCGGAGGGCGGCGCCCGCGGAGCAGCCAGGGGGCGCCCCCGGAGCGGGCAGCGGGGCGGUGGCCUCGGCGCCGCCGGCGCAGACACCCCCGGGCGCCUCGGAGGAGGACGGCAGGCCUGCGCCCCCCGGGAGUGCCAACGACGGCGGCGCGGUCGGCGCCUCGGAAGGUGACGAACAGCCCGGUGCCCCCGAGAGCGGCGACGACGUGAUCGGCGCUUCGGAGGGUGGCGACGAGUAGGCGCCCAGGUGGGGCGGUGCCCCAGGCUUCACAUCUCCCGUCCCACCUCCAGGGAGUAAAAGAAGUUCGGUUGUUGCAUCGACUCUUGAAUCUCCUGCCUCCUAGCUGCGGC